AGUUACGACCCGACGUGUAAACCCAAACCCAACCUCCCUUCCUCCCCGAACGGCUCCCACGCAAAAGCAAAGGACGUAUUCAGUAGUAACAGUAAGUACAAGUAGUAUUACCCACCGUGCUGUUUCUGUAACUAAUCGAAAAAAUUUGGAUAUGGUUAUUCGCCGUGAAGAUAGAACAGUACUUUGUACCCUUUCCGUUGGUGAUGAGGAUGUCAUUAUUUCUACCCAGAUCAUAAAAUUUCCGUUUGAGGGCACAUUAAACCGCGAGAUCGACUCAAAACUGAAACUCCCCCUCAAAUGUUGACACAUUAAUGACGAGGCUGCGUAUAGAAAUUCAAAUUGGGAGCGUCGACGUCCACCGAAGACCCUGGAAAUAGCGGCUCGGUUUUUUCGAUCGUUCGACAAUUAUGUACUAGCGAAAGACGUCUACCUGCUCCUGAUCAUAAUGUUGCAGCUUAAAGACCAGCAGUGCUUCUCGUCUUCUCCGGAUGGCGAACCAAGAACCGUUGCAUUGGAAGUAGAUGCGGAGGCCAGCACGACUGGAAAAAAUCUGCUUUGGAGAAAGGGGACCCCGCCACCUCCUUCUUCUUAUAGCGAUUCUUGCAGUUCGAGUUCCACCACCACUUCCGGCAAUACAAAUUUCUUCUCCACCUACUUCUCAGGAACAACCUCUACCUCGCCGUCCUCCUUCUUUCUGAUCGUGAUCAUCGUUUUGGUACCGCGGCCGUGCUUGGGCGGCCACGAGACAGGUUGGAACGGCUCCUCUGGAGCCAGUGCUACUGCUAGAACUACAUCAACAUCCAGGGCACAGCAGCUUGCGGGACCCAGAAGUGGCUCUGAAGAGCAAAUUUUUAACCACGUGUAUUUGCCUAGUAAUCUUGGAAGCGGUCAAACUCAAACAUUCGAAAGCCUGCUGUAUGUCGACCCAAAUGCUGCAGCUGCGAGAGAUGGAGGAGGGAGGAACUUCGAUGGUAACUACCACGAGAAGAUCGUCUCACCGCACGCUGACACAGGCACAGCCACGGUUUUUACCACGACGCACGCAACGGCACCACCGCCUGAACAACAGACCGGUGGGCCGCGGAAUUUUCAUGAGCACCAGUUUUACGUCAGUGGCGCAGCGGCUUCUACGUCUUCAGCACCUUCUGAUAAUAUUUUGCCGAAAAGUACCGAUCAAAGCGAUGAGGAUGUGGCAACGGUGGUAGAGGAUGGACCUGUACAGGAUGGCGGUGAGGUAGAAUAUUCAGACGCCGUUCUUCAACCCCGCAUAAGAACAAGAGCGACUCUUGCUUCGGUGUCCGACGGUCGUGACGACGACGCGCUCCACGCCCCCGGGCAGAAUCACGAAAGGCAAAAGACCAGCCGGAGUAGGGACCAUUUUGACAUUGCGUCUUCGGGGCGCAAAGACGUCGGCGCUUCGUCCAAUCGACAUCCACCAGGAGUAGACAACCGCCGCUCGUCGCCACCCGCAACGGAAAGAUACAACUUCGAGGAAGACGCGACAGAAUUCGUCAAGCCCAACCUCAUGAGCCUGUUGUUACUUCUGAAGAACUCGACCCAUUUAUCCGUCGAAUUACCUUUAUGGAACACCUUGAUUCUCACCAUUCUUGCUUGCAUCGGAGUGUACUAUCUCUGCAAGGACACCAACCUCCUCCGGUUCUACGACUUUGGCAAUGACCACGACGACCAUUCACACAGCUGCAAGUGCCCGUUUUGUACCAAGAAAUAUGAAUAUGUGGAAGAACAUGAGGAGAAAACGUUGUUGGGAAAAGGCGGCUACGCGUCAGUGUUUUUGAUCCGGGAACGUGGAACUCCGGGUAGUGCUGGGACUACAGCAGCACAGGUCUCCACGAGCACGACGCCAGGCGCAACUAGAGGGAGCGGCAGCCGAGGGAACAAGGGUGCAACCGACAAGAACGGCAAAAACGUUGGUGGCGGUAGUGCCAGCCCGGCGUCUGCGGCGAAAACAACAUCACACAAACCCAACUACAUCGUCGCGAAACGCACUCCAAAAAUCGAAAACAUCGCGCACCUACGAAUUGCAAACGUAUCGUGCAGCUGAGUUGUAAUUGCGUUACAAAUAUAGCUCAAAUCCAAAUGGAAUUUGUCAUGCUGUUUUGCCUUGGGAUGAAGAUGUGUAAUGCAUGAUUGCGAUUUUUAGACUACGAGGAGUGCGAUACUUUUGCAGUGGAUAUCACCUGCAGCGAAUUCAACAGGAGGCGAAAGAGUUACGGAGACUGCAGCACCCGAAUGUCGUGGUAUGCAUUGCAAAUAUGUCUGGGUCUGGAAAGUUGUGAUGCUAAUGUCCGAAUGAUACGCAACCUGUACCUGUAGUAGAGGGGCGCGCAUGACAAGUUUCUGAGCGGCUAUGUCUAGCGUGAAUCGCAUGAAAAGUGGCUUUUUGCAUGACAGACAAGUGGCACUGUAACGCACCAAGCAUGACAGACUUUUCUGUCUUGUCAGCCAAGCAUGACAGACUUGCAUUCUUCGAGGCCCAGACAUAUUUGCAAUGCAUACGUGGCGUACAUUGACGAUUUCGUGCACAACAAAGACAGUGAAAACAAAAAUGGCACAACCGCUAGUGCGACUUCUCUCUCACCACGUGGCAGUGGUAACUCCGGCUACGAGUACUACCUGAUUAUGGAAUAUUGCGACCGGGGAGAUUUGAAAGACCACAUUGACAACUACUACGAGUGGUUUACGGAGUUCGAGGUGUUCAACUACCUGCAGCAGCUCGUUGCCGCUCUUGCGUAUUGCCAUUCCAAAAACGUGAUUCACCGCGACGUGAAGAGUCAGAACGUGUUUUUGACUUCUUCUCCGGGUGCAUCUACGUCCUCUUCUAACAAAUUUUAUACCGGCUCUACUUUUUUGGACAAAAUCGGGCCGUUGACCUUGAAACUUGGGGAUUUUGGACUCUCCUCCUCGAUGGGGAACAGCUUGCCACGACCUGCUGGAGGUCCUGUUCCUGCAGCUGCGCAAUUUCAAAAUCUCGAGCAGCCCCAGCUCCAUUCGCAAGUCGGAACGGACUGUUACAAAGCGCCAGAACUGCUCGGCAGGUCAAGCUACGGCCGGGAAAUUGACGUUUGGGGGAUUGGGUGCGUGUUGUUUGAGCUGUUGACCGGAGAUUUCCUCUGGGAUUUACAGGAUAUUAAGCAGAGAAGAAGCCGGGUGCCGGUGGAUUAUUGGCAAAACCACGGUGAGCAAAAAAUUUCUCCAGCGACCGCUUCGCCACGUGAGGGUCAACUACACAAAGGGGAUGGGACGACAGCAAGAGCCACGGGGCGCAAAACCGGUCAGCAAAACAAGAAGAUGAAAAACAAGCUGAAAUCAGUGGAUGACUUCGACGACGACAAGAUUCUUCUCGACCAGCAACUUCUUUUAGAAACCACUGAGAGUUUCAGCGGGAUUCGAACCACAGAUUCCCUCACCUUCUCCCCACGAGCUGCACAGAAUCUAGACCUGCUGAUGUUCCAGCAGAACAAUAACAAGUUCGGCGAGCACCAGGAGAACUCUUUGUCCUGCGACGGCUUUUAUGGUGCGCCGACCGCAAAGUUGAUUCACCUCGGGGUUCAGAUUUUCGCGGAAGAGAACUACCUACAACGGCUGUUGCAAGCGAACUACCCGCAUUUACAGGAGAAACUGCCCGUGUGGUGGCUGAAAUUGCUCAAAAAGUGCUUGCAGAAGGAACCGAGUAUCAGGCCGAAAUGCGACCAGAUUGCGAAGCAGCUGGUGUCGGUGAGGCAGAACAUGGUACAGAAGAGUGGGAAUUACAGCAAUUACAGCAUCAAUGCGUCCAAUCCGAAGGAACGGUUUGGGGAGAAAUUUCAAGAAUUCUGCCGGAUGAGAGCAGGAAAUAAUGGGUUUUUGGACGAAGAAGAAGAAGAAGGACCAUCUUCGCAAAACUCCAGUGUUGACGCGGAAGAGGAACAAGAAGAGUAUCUUCUCUCGAAAAAAGAUCGGAAAGCCAGUCACAACAGCACGCUAAGCCGGAGUCAAAAAUCAGCGAACUCGAAUGUAGAUAACCACAGUUUUGACGAGCGGCUAAAAAGUGGUAGCAGGAAGAGCUCCCGGAUGAAUGAUUUCGAAUACGAGCUGCAGGGGCUAGCAGUGGAUCAUAGCAAAAAUUCUGGGACGAUUGACCUGUCAACAACAACGUCGCCGCAGAGCUACUUGACCGGCGGAGGAUCCCGGAGGUCUGCUGGGUUGUCCUCGUCGGGCUCUGUGCAAUUAUUCGAACCUCCGGAGGACGACAAUGCUUUGGGGAUCAAAUGGGACAAGCGGAAUAAAAUCAGGGAGUUUGAAGCGAGGUUUUUAAAAGAGGAACUCGAAUUUCAGCAAAAGAACCCGUCUGCGACCCCAACGCCACGGGGGAUGAAUGGAGCAGGCGGGGGUUUUGGAGCUAAGAAUCUCGUGAGUCGGGGAACAACUACCGGUGGUGCGUACUAUCAGGGCCAGCCUCAGCAAGAAGAUGAUUUAGAUUUUUCGUUCCGAUUUAAGAAGGUGUCGAAGACGGGUGGGAGGAGGAGGCGGCGGCAGCUGGAGCAGUAGGGGUUAUUGCUAAUGAAGACUACAAAAUUUCUUUUCCACCUUGAGCAAAACUCCUCAUGACGAGAUCACGAUGGAUAAGAAGGCUGAUGGUGAUGACAUUGAAGACGGAGUGAAAAAACUACAGUAGGAAUUCCUAGAGCCAGAAGGGCAACUGUAUUGCACGUGAAGCAGAAACAGGCCACGCGAUACCAGUAUGAAAUCAUUCGUUCAAGAAGCAUAGGGAUGAAAAUAAAAAAUCAAUGCUGAACAACUUUGAUUUUAGAGGAAAUUAGCUGUUCAUUGUCAUUCUUCUGCGUGCCUGCAAUUUGUUUCGUUUCGGUUUGACAGCUUCGCACACGUGGUGCCGCGCCGAUGUUGUAGGAGAAAAAGACGCAACUCAGGAGGAAAUAUCUUCAUUUUGGUGGAAUUAACUAGGCAGUGAAAGAAAU